AUGAUACACUUGUCUGCCCUGCCAGUGCCAGUGGCGUCCGUUGCGUCUGCCUUCCUGUCCGCCACAUCCAUCCUGCCGUCCACCGAGCUUGCGCCAUCGGCGUCUCUCACGCUGUACAUCGCCUCGCUCGUCCUAGUCGCGAUCACCCCAUGUGGGCUGCCACUGCACUUCCCGCCGGAGCAGAUCUUCCCGGGGAAGGUCACCGCGAAGACUGGCGACCUGCGGAUCGUGCUCGCGGGCAUGCGCGCGACGACGAUCUUCCGGAACAUGCGCGGCGCGAUGAAGAAGCACCAUCUGCGUGCUCCGGAGUCGGCGGCCGCAGAGAACGGUGCCACCGACAGUGCGAAUGCGGAAAACGGGGAGUUGAAGAGCGACGAAGACGGCGUCUUGGGCAAGGGUCGGAUGUGGAUCGCGUCAAUGAAUUCGCAUGGCACUUGUUUACGUUGUUUGGUAUACACCCUGUCGCCCCUCUCCCUUUGUACAUGUCCCGGCUUCGGCAUAGCGGUAGCUAGGAAAACAACAGAUGGCACCAACAUCAGGCUCGCGUACGGUCGCAGGUCAGCAUUUAUGGCUGUCACUGACCCAGUGCUCGCCAUCUCCACGGCCCCUCCGAGCCAUCUAAACUCAGUCAACAUGAGUUUUGCGCAGGACGGCGUAUACCAGUCGGCGAUAACGCGGCAUAGGUAUACAGGCUGUCUGUACUGA